UAAAUAUGUAAUAUUUUAAUUUUCUUUGUUGCAUAUGCGGAAAAGACCGCACUAAACACUGUAGAAAGCACUCUCUCCACCGCAAAGCCGGCCAUCUUCCUCCACCGCCCCACUCUCUCACAUCAACGAAACCUUCCCGGCUUUCCGCGCGCUUGAUUCCUUCUCAACCUUGUCAGUUUUCUAACCCUAGGGAGAGAAAAGUUACCCUAAACAAGCAAAAUACGUUUCUUUAAUUCGACCUCCAUUGUCCAGAGUUCGGUGCUUUUCACUUUAGAUCACUUGAAACAUGGAGGUGCAGAUAAGUAAUGCUGCAGCCUUAGUGGACGGCAAGCCUGAGCUCUCACUUGAUGGGUCGACGCCUCUCAAUGUUUCUGCCAUAGCAAGCGAGAGUACCGGUAAUGACUUUUCUUCCAGCAGUCAGUCUUUAAUUGUUGAGAUGGAUUCAUAUUUAGAAGAACUCAAUGAUCGUUUGAUAGUUUCAAGAAUGGUAAGCAAUUCUGUUAUCAAAGGGAUGGUCAGUGCCGUGGAACAGGAGCUCGCUGAAAGAAUUUCUUCAAAAGAAGGGAUCACAAAUUUUAAAAAUAAGCUACGGAAUCAUGACGAUGUUUUGGAAAAUUGUAGAAAAAAUAUUGCUUCCUUGGAAGAAUAUAAACCUUUGAUUUAUGAGCAGGAGUCAAAGAAAGAUAUUCAAAUUGAUAAUAGUACAGCCAUGCUUCAAAACCUUGUUACCGAUCUUCUCCAUGAGUAUGAAACAAGUGUCAUUGAUAAAAGAACAAUUAAGAAUGAGUUAAGGGAGAAGUGGCAGAGACAGUCCAAUGAAUUUGCUAAUUUACGACAGGAACUUGAUGAUUUACACAAAUCUUUUAUCAGUUGGGAACAGGGAUUAGUAUUUCUACACAUCGGUCAUGAACAUUUGGAAGAACAAAAUGCAUUGAAGAGGAAGGAACAGGUCCAUUGGAAGCCAGUUGGAAACAAUAUUGCAUCCUACGAUGAGAAUAAUCCAAUAUUAAUAGAGGAGGUUAAGGAACCUGAAAUGCCUAAUUUUGUUGAUUCUCCCCAGUUCAUGUCCAUGGAGAAGGAGCUGCAGAUACAUUAUUUCAAAACUGAAAUGGCGAAGAUGAAGAGACAACAUGAUGGUGCUUUGCAAGAGAAGACAGAGGAAUUGUUCAGCCUUAAACGUCAGUUUUUCAAGGAGAAGGGUUCCAGUCAUUUGAAUUUUAAGAAAGAUAAGGAAGUUGAGUUGAUGAAGAAAAGAAUUGCAGAAACCGUUUCCAAGUUGGAUAACAUUAUUUUGGAAAACGAGAAUCUGACUACUGUUUUUGUUGAUGAAGGUUCAUGCAGUUUUAGGGAGAAAAUUGAUGGUAUCCUUUUAGAAAAUCAGCGGCUAGUUUCUCUCUUAGCUGCUAAAAAGAAGGAAAAUUUACCUGAUUGCUCCAAGGUUUUGGAUACUUCAAAUCAAUUGCCAAAUAUAUUUGUUGGCUUGGAGCUUGUAGAUCAGCUAGAAAAGCUCCAAUGGGACAUGGAUGCUUUGAAGAUUGAAAUGAGUUAUAAAGAUGCCAUAAUUGAGUUUAUUUUCAGUCAAUUUUCUUGUGAACUUAGAGAUAGCCUAGAUGGCAUGGAGAUGGAAACCCAAAUUGAUAAAUUUAUUUACUCUUUUAUACUUAUAGAAGUUUUUAAAGAUAUCCUCUCCAGGAUAAAUUCUAUUAUCAUGAAAGUUUAUGAGGAGAAUAGUUCAGUUUCGAAAGAACUUUCGGAGAAGAAAAAGGAAUUAUGCUUAGAAGUUGACAAGAACAAAAUUUUGAAGCAGCAGAUAGAGUCUUCUUCAAUGCAAAUGAAAAUUAAGGAAAAUAUUGCAUCAGAUUUGGAGGCCGAUGUAAUUCAAAAAGUUGAGCAAAUUAACUCAAUAUGCCUUGAAUAUGACGUGCUAAGGGACCAGGCCGUUAAGCAAGGCAUGAUUAUAGAAGAGAGUAAAAAGGAAUGUGAUCUGUUAAAGUGCAGAUUGGACGAUAGAUCUCAUGAAAUUGAUCAACACCAAGCUGAGAUAAAAAAGUUGAACCGGAAUCUCAAGGCUCUUUCAGUUGCUUUAUCAGAUGUUGAGGAACAGAGGAGCAUUCUGCAAUCUGAGCUUGUGGAGAAUCAAGCUGAACUUGCUUCACAAUUCAUAAAGGAAAAAGAGCAAAGAAAGCAGGUGGAAUUAUUACUUGGUUUCAUUUCAGAGUUAGCGAAAUCUUUGGAGGAGUUGGGACAUAAGAUACUUAAUAUUAUGGAGUGUAAUGAAUCAAGGUUAAAGGUGCUAAGUUUUCAAUGUGUUGAGCUCUCACACAAGGCCAAGAAAUUUCUUUCGUACAAAGAACUGUUUGAAAGAAGAUGUGAAGAUCUUCAGAAGGCUGAAAUUGAGGUUGAUCUUUUAGCUGACGAGGUUGAUAAUCUGAUCUCUCUUCUUGGCAAGAUAUACUUGGCCCUUGACCAUUAUUCUUCUGUGCUACAAUAUUAUCCUGGGGUCAUGCAGAUUCUGAAUCUGAUUAGAAGAGAAAUCAAAGGCGAAUGCUAAAUCAUUUUCACAAGUUUGCGGUUCACUGAGUCCAGUUUUUGCCUCUAAUUUUGUAGUCAGGAGAUAGGAAGUUUUUCUUUUUAUUUUAAUUAAUAUAUUAUUAUAUAUUUUUAAUGAAAAGCUUUUUGAAAUGUAGGUGGAUGGGUAGAAUUUUGAUGGUUUCCUUACUUUAGAAGAAGCUAUAAUAUGAAUAUUAGUCAAUAAAAUACAGAA